GUUCUCACUCCGGAUGCUUCUCAGUAGAUAAAUGCUAUUAAUUAGAAAGAUUCAUGAUAUUUAGAGAGGACGGUGGAUGUGAAGGAAUGCAGGUCCAGUCGGUUCCCCUCGGUUUCGUCACCAUCGGACCGGAGUCUUGGCGCGAUGGAACGGUCCGCACCAUCCAGCGGGCGGAGCGCCUGGUGCGGGAGACUCGAGCCGGUCGGUCCGGAACUUGCAGCUUUCCCCGGAGCUGCAGCGCCACCGCUAGUUUCACCCCGAAGCGCACGGAGGGCACGACGGAAGAUAAGAUCACAGCGCAGGAAUGCGGAGAGAGCCGUGACUGCGUCUGCAAAAAUAAGAUGCAAAGGUCGAAAACCGCAGGAGCGACGUUCCCUAGUGGCUCCCAAAGAAAGUCUGUGGCCCCGUUCCCGCCGAGCAGCCUGCGUGAGCAGUGUGCAGGGGCCAGUGUGGCCGUGGCCUCUGAGUGCAUGCGGAGGGUGCGGGAGGUGGAGGGCCAGUUGCGCAGGCAGGCCGGCCAGACGACCCAGGAGGGCAUCAAGCUGGAGAGGGAGAGGGGUCACCUGGAGAGGAUGCUGCGCAGCCUCAGGACCGAUCUGACCGUCAACAGGAGGAGCUCGGAGGGGAGGACCAGGAGGCCGUCCCCUGCUGAAACCGAGAGAGACGGUGCUGAUUACUUGUUGUUGUGGGAGAGAAGAGAGCUGGCCCAGUUGAAACAGGAUCUGGAGGAAGUGCUGAGAAACACACUGACCCUGCUACAGGCCCUGGGUCGGAGCAGCAGACAGCUGCUGGACUGUGCCGGUGAGAGGGCUCUUGUCCUGGAUCUGCUGCCUCACAGAAGCUCUGCUGGAGGACCUGGCCGGGCUGCUCAGACCUUCAACAGAAUAGACCCCGUCAGCCCCUUCACUCCAGAAUGUAAACAGGUGUUAGAGUCGUCCACUUCGACAGUCAAACAGUCACAGCUACUGAGGGAAAACAUCAGACAGAUGCUAACCAGUGCCAUCACCAGGCAGAAAGCUGUUCACCGCAGCGUCAACGAUGGCCUGGUGAAAAAAAUUGCAGAGACAAUCAGUCUGCAGCAAAACCUGACUUUGAUGUCGGCAGCCACCAGGCAGGCCAUGUUUCGCAAGCAGAGGGAAAUUAACUGCAUUCAUCACAGCCACGGCAGAGUGCAGGGUCCGGAGUACAGCGGCGACAUACAGUCCAGAGAGAAACUCAACAGGCCUCUGGUGCAGGUUUAUCAGAGACAUCCAGGGACACAGUUACCUGAGGCUGCUCAUCUCAUACAGGGCAGUGCAGUGCUGAGGCGAUGUCUAACGUCCUGUGAGGGGGAGCUGGCCGGACUGCAGCGCACCUGUCUGCAGCUGCUGGACGACCAGCACGGCAAGAGAGGAGCGGCUCAGGUGGAUGCUGCUGUCUUCCGCAUGAGGCGGAAACAGGUCGACAAGCGAGCCAUGCCCUCUGUCCUCCAGCAGGAGGCGGGCAGAAGACGACCCCUCAUGUCUUGUACUCAGUAGGGCUGCAGCAAUAUGAGAGACAUGAGCUUUGUGUGUUGUGGGAAAUAAGGAGCAGUCAUGUGCAAAAUGUACGGGUUCAAGAUGAGUAAAAUGUGAUGCACUGCAAAGAGUGUGAGACUCUUCUGUUGACAUCGGAGGAUUCUUCUCAGGUAACUUAAGUAAGCUUUGACUAAUGACCUGUACUACUUAUGGCAACAUUUUAUUUGCCAUAACCCUUUCAUCGUGGUCUAAUUUACCGCAAUAAAAUAUGACCAUGAUAGGAACAAUGGCCUUAUACAGUUAAAGUAGAAACAGAAAAGAAGUAGUGUCUAAUAUGAUUAUCUUAUCUAACAAGAUUAUCAGAUUUUUUCACCAAAACACAUUUAUUUCCAUAUUAAACAAAAGUCUUACCGUAUAUUUAAAGAUAUAAACUGAAAAACUUGCCUUUUGUGAACAAAAGCAGCCCGUGAAUUUAACAUCCUUUCCAGAAAUUCUCAGAUAUCUAGUCAUGGGACUGCAUGUCACUUGACAGCCCUCCUUCCAAACGCAACGUCUUUCAUUAACAAAUAAGACCUGAUUUAAUAAACCUGCCCUGUGUUACCUGAGUACACGCCACAUGUCUUGUAUCUGUAAAAUACACAUGACAUAAACUAGAGUGCAGUUCCCUCACAGAGCCCUAUUGAUUCCCUCAAAUCUGAAUGGGGCUAUUCUCUGCAGGACAGUGAGCGCUGUAAAGUCAUGACUGUCACCGGGAACCUGACAGCCUAAUUGAAUGAUAAGUUUGGGUGUGGAGGUUCUUGGAGUCCACAAACAGAAUAUCAAGAGAAAUCAGAGGACAUUUCCCUUCAGAUCUCUGCAGCUGGGCCGGCCGAGGAAGCGCAGAAAGCCAGGAGAAAACUCGGAAACUGACUUAAAUCCAUAAAGAUGGAUAAUUUAAGAGAUUGCUUGUGUUUGGGAUGAAAACUGGUUUAUUCUAGAAUGUAACAAGAAAGAGUC